GCAAUCGGCAAACUCUUUAGACUUUAGAGAGAGAGAGAGAAUCAUAAGAGGUUUUAGACCGAGAAACCGCGUGAUAAAGCCAAGGAUCUAUCUUUGUUCAUCAUCACACUCAAAAUUACCUAACAAAUUCAAGGUUUGCUAUGCCCUUUCUUUCAUCUUCCUUAAUUUCAAUUUCAUCACCAACAUUUCCUGCCAUUCUUCAUCAAAAACUUACAUUGAGCAUAAGGGCUUAAUCAAUUUUCUCCCUAGAUUCUUUAUAAAUUCCUCUUCAAGAUUUCCCUAAAAUUUCACAUAGAACAAAUUGAAUUAGAUGUCAUUUCGUAGCAUAGUUCGCGAUAUAAGAGAUGGGAUUGGGAGCUUAUCUAGACGUGGUUUUGAAAGAAGUAAAUCACAAAGUUUUGUUCAUGAAUUGGAUAACCACUCGGGUAUUGUGAUCAAUAGCCAUUGGGAGGGUUUACCACCCGAAUUACUUCGUGAUGUGAUUAAGCGGUUGGAAGCAAGCGAGUGUACAUGGCCUGCUCGCAAGCAUGUGGUUGCCUGUGCGGCGGUUUGUAGGUCGUGGAGGGAAAUGUGCAAAGAAAUUGUUAGCUCCCCUGAGUCCUCAGGGAAACUUACAUUUCCAAUCUCUCUAAAGCAGCCGGGGCCUCGGGAUACCACGAUUCAAUGCUUCAUCAAGAGAGAUAAAUCUAAUUCGACGUAUUAUCUUUAUCUUUGCCUAAGCAGUGCAUUGGUGGUAGAGAACGGGAAAUUUCUUUUUUCAGCAAAACGAAGUAGGAAAAGUACAUGCACAGAGUACAUCAUUUCACUGAAUGCUGAUAACAUAUCGAGGUCAAACCGUGGAUACAUUGGAAAAGUGAGAUCAAACUUUCUUGGUACAAAGUUCAUAAUUUAUGACUCCCAACCGCCACAUAACACCGCCAACGUGGUCCCACCGGGUCGUUUAGGAUCAAGCCGCCGUUUUUCUAGAAGGGUUUCACCAAAGGUUCCUUCCGGAAGCUUCAACAUAGCUCAAAUUGUAUACGAGCUAAACGUAUUGGGGACACGGGGUCCACGUAGGAUGAACUGCAUAAUGCACUCAAUACCCAUGUCCGCCAUGGAACCUGGCGGCACCACCCUCGACCACCACCCUAACCUGGCGGCACAUUCCUUCAAAGACUCAUUCAGAAGCAUCUCGUUUUCCAAAUCAAUCGAUAGUUUAAGCGAAUUCAGUAGCUCCCGAUUUUCCGAUAUCAUGGGCACAAAUGAGGUACAAAAUGGAGAACAAAUGAAGAACAUGCCUUUGAUUCUAAAGAACAAACAGCCAAGGUGGCAUGAACAGUUGCAAUGUUGGUGUCUAAAUUUUAAAGGAAGGGUAACGGUUGCUUCCGUGAAGAACUUCCAGCUCAUCGCUGCCACCACCACCACUGCCGCUCCUCCGGUGGUGGUGGAUGAGGCAACACCGCCACAAACUGCCCAAGCUCAGUCACAAUCAUCACAUGAUAAGGUGAUUUUGCAAUUUGGUAAAGUUGGAAAGGACAUAUUUACUAUGGAUUAUCGGUAUCCUUUAUCUGCCUUUCAAGCUUUCGCCAUAUGCUUGAGCAGCUUUGAUACUAAAUUGGCUUGUGAAUAAUGGAAUAAUUUGACUUUUCUUGUUGUUAUUGAGGGUUAAUGCAAAGUGUUUUCAUUGAUUUGCUUAUUAUAA